CAUCUGGGAGAGCAUCCUAAGCCUUUCGUUCGCCGACUUCUCUUUGCCCUGAAAACGGCCAUGGCGCAAUGGGAACGGCCUUGAUCCGGCCCAGAGUGGGAGACAUUGUGCUGGUCAACCGGCUCAACACCAUCCGUGUGGGGCACAUCUUUGCAGAUGACCAAGAGCAGCAGCUGCCCUUCCUGGUGAGGUUUGAUGAUGGCCUUGAUCCUGAGCUCUGCUGGUGUGAGGCGGAAGAGGUGAAAAAGCUGGAACACUGCGAAAAGGAGUUCCGCGAGUACUGCUGCCGCGAGGAGGAUCAUCAGUGUCCCAUUUGCUUCGCGGUCUUUGACGAACAGGAGGCUGACUGCCGGGUGGUCACGCCCUGUGGCCACACCUUCUGCCGUGAAUGUAUCGAACGCGCGCUGGCCGCCUGCCAGACCGGUGACCCGACCGAGAGGCCAUGCCCAAUUUGCCGGCAGACGGUGAGCUUGUUCUCACUGCAGAUGGCCACCACGGGACAGAGGAUCCACUUCUUGAGCGCCGACCUGUCCGCGCUCGAGGGCAGUGUCUUCGUCCUCCGGAGCCACGGUGAGGUGGGCUUUGCGUCCUUCCACUUCGAAGGGACCACAGCUUACAUUAGCCAUAGCUCCAUGAGAUGUCGCUGGGCUGGACUGGUCUUGGACAAUGGGACUCGCCCACCCGAGCGGCAGUUCUUGGAAAAGACCUUCUGGCACGAGGGCAGCCGAACCUUCCAUGGGGAGCUCACCUGGUCCCCCGACACCUGGUACGGGGCGGAGCGCUGGCGUGUGGUCAUGCAGUUCUCAGCGGACUUCACGUAUGUGACCACCGGGGUGAUGAAGCUCCGCAGCCACAAGAACGCCUGUUUGCUGGAUGGGCUUUGGCGUGUGGAGUACCCGUCCGAGAGCGGGCGGAGUCCGGUGGUGAUCCGAGUCCAGGGUGGAAUGUGGGAGAUGAGGGGUUCGCGCUACUGGCUGACUCUGACGGACCCCUCGAAGCCUUGCUUUGUCUGGCGGGGGCUGGGCGUGGUGCAGACCUGUCAGAUGCCUCCAACGGCGCUGGCAGAGGGGGACUGCCUGCUGUGGACGACGACGGAUACAGAGAUGCCGCAGAUCACCUGGCGCAAGUUGCAGGGGCCGCACGAUCGCUAUGACCGAAUCGUCUUCUACAAACUCUUAGGCCCCAAUGGCUUUGAAUACGUGAAGCACCAAGAGCUGCAAGGCUUCCGGCCGAAGCAGCUCUUUGGGAACAGUUUUAUGCAAGACUUGGAGGUUGGCGUGGAGAGUUUUCACUUCGAAGAGCUCCGAGAAGAUCAGGUGGUGCGUGGGUAUAUCUCCUACGAGCGCAUGCCCAAGGAGCGUCAAGAACCCAUGGAGAACGGCGCCCCGGCGCCGGUGCGGGUGCCUUUUGAGAAGACCGAUUGGAACAAGGAAAGCCGCACCUUCAUUGCGGAGGUGGACUUCCUUCGGCAUUACAGUUCCACCUGGAGAGGUGUGUCCACUGCCACCUACAAGAUCGUCUUUGACCCGGACUUUCUGUACAUCGAAUCUGGCUUCGUGAAAAGUACGAGGCCAACUUUGGGGUCCACCCAGCAAAGCUUUGGGCAGGACCUGAUCUACGUGAAUGCCGCCGCUGGCCCCUACCUCCGAAGUCAGGGGGAGUCUUGGCGCCGUGCGCUGAGAGGACGUGUGGUUCCAAAGAGGAUCCUCGAGUCUUUGGAAUUGGUCGUCGAGGCCAGUUGAUCAGAGUUGCUUCGCUCGAAGCAUGGCUUCUCGCUUGGGGGCAGAGAAACGCUGCCCGACAAAAGCACGGAGAUCCUGAAAGCGAUCAGCCAUGGAGGAAUGGUCUUAGGGAGGGGGAUGUAUCUCUGGAUUUCUUCCACAUGGACCUGGACUACUGUUGCUACAUGCUAGGAGCAUGUAGCUGAAGAUGGCCAUGAGCCAA